AUGGCACCUUUUUCUUUUAUAAAAACAUCCAUAUUAAUCUUUGCAUACCUAUUCUUAUGGCAUCAAACUAAUUAUCAACACCAGGUGAGUGCAUUAAGCACUUUAAAAAAUGAUGAUGAUGUGUCAGAUUCAAACAGUUUAUACUCAUCAGAGGAAGAAAAUGUAAAUAAGACACAUGGUCUUUUGAAAACAGCACAAGGAGUUGGAACAAAGGUUCCAACAACAUCACAUAAGGGGUUGAAUGAUGAUGAUGGUGAUGAUGUGAGCACAUUGCUCGGUUUGACAGACGACGAAUUGUUAGAACAUGCACUAUCAGGACAAACACCAUGUUCAGCGAAAGGAAGAGAAAAUAGUUCUAAAGGAAUUGGAACAAAAAUAAAAGAAUGUUGUAAAAAAUUAACACAUUAUAAAAAUAAAAAUAAAAUACUACUAACUGUUGUAUUAGUUCUUUCAGUGUUGUAUCCACUAACCCUGUUUUAUGUAAAUUUGUUUAUCGGAAAUGAGUACGCCAGCGUAAAUAAUCCAAUAACUUUUAUAAUAGGAAUUUCUGUUUCUACUGUUAUGGGUAUCCUACUAUUGGGCGUAUUAUUAGGAUUUUAUUAUUCCAAAGUUUGGCUUAAAUGUAUUACGCAAAAUGCCAAAAUACGGCAGUGUCUGCGAGAAGAAUUCGAAAAAGUGCAACAUCAACAACAAACCACCUAA